GGCUAGCAGUUUUCACAUUUUAUUUUAAAUUAAUUUCAGAAAACUGUUUAUUAAAAAGUAUAAAUUUCAGUAAGCAGUUUUUCAUUUUAUUUUAAAUUAAUUUCGGAAAACUGUCUAUUAAAAAGCAUUAAUUUCGGAAAAUAAAUUUUUAAACUGUUUAUAUUUAAAUAUAAAGUUUUUAUUUGGAAAACAGUUUAUUUGGAAAAUUUUGAAAAUUCAAAACAAAAAUUUCAAAAUUUGAACCCUAAAAAUUUGGCGGUUUAUUCAAAAUUGAAAACUUAGUCACGGACAAUCCGUGACUAAUAUGUCCGAAUUUUAAAAAAUAAACAAAUAUUAGUCACGGAAGUGGUCCAUGACUAAUAAAAAAAUGUAGUCACGGAUAAUUUUUAUUUUGGUGGACAUAUUAGGUGUAGUCACGGAUUUUGCAAGUCACAAAUAUUCGUCCGCCAAUAAAAUGUAGUCACAAAUAUUCGUCCCCCAAUAAAAUAUACCCAUUAUUCGUCAUAAAAUUUAGGUGGACAAAUUUUAUUUGUGACUACAUAUAUAAUAAUUUUUAUUUUGGUGGACAUUAAAUGGUCCAUGAUCCGUGACUACAUUGGUGGACAAAACCUAAUCCCAAAAUAAAAUUAUCAUUCCCAUAAUAAUUUAGGUGGACAAAUGUACCCUUUAGCACUACAAAAAAACACGCGUGUAGUCACGGACCGUAGUCACGGAUUUGGUCCGUGACUAGUUUAGUCACGGACUAGUCACGGAAAUUUAAAAAAAAAAAAUAGUCACGGUCUGGACCGUGACUAUGGCCGUGACUACAAUUAGUCACGGUCGUGGCCCGUGACUUAAGUCCUCCGAUAGGCCCGUUUCCGUUUCCGGCGAAGUUUAUUUGAUUCCGACGACUUAGUCACGGCCACAUCCGUGACUAUACCCGUGACUAUGAUUAAAAUUUAAUUUUUCAUCUUCCAUAAAUUAAUUCGCAACGGUGUUAUAUACGGAUAACUUUUAGUCACGGACAUGGCCGUGACUAUGUCCGUGACUACUUUGAUUAACACGUCAUUUACACGUCAUUAACACGUGUUGGACGUGUAUUGGACACGGUUUUGCUUAGUGACGGACAAAUCCGUGACUAAGUCCGUGACUAAAUUUUUUAUAUAUGCAGGAGCAGCUCAUUGAACAGAACCACACCAAUUCAUUCCCAGUAUAUACAGUAUCCGUUUGAAAGAUCGAAGGAUGUAGUCUAUCUUCUAUCAUUUUCCCUGUUUAUGCAGAUAAGGUAUGUUAUUUGAAUUAUAAUUUUUAUUUAGAAUUAGUUGGUUCAAUUUAAAUUAUUAAAACUAUUAAAUUAGUGAGGUUGUUAAUUAAUUAACAACAUGUUUUAACUAUAAGCGUAGUAAUGUCAUAAAUUAGAAUUAGUUAAACUUUUAGGUUUAUAAAAUAAUUUAAUUAAAAUUAGUUAGCUAAAUGUAGUUUAAAACGUAAUGAUGUUUAUGUUAAGUGAAAUUAGUUCAAAUAACGUACGUUAGUAAUGUGUUAAUUAAGUGAAUUGUGAAUUGUUAUUGUGAAUUGUGUAUUGCUUAUUAAUUCAAAUGACUUUAUAUACAUGUUCAAAUUAUUGGGUUGAAUUUGGUCAUAUUAUUUAAUUUAGUGAAUUGUUAAUUGUGUAUUACUAAUAAGAUUAAAUGUCAUUAACGUAAUAAUUUAGUGUAGGUUUAAACGUAGGUUUACAAAAAUAAUUUAAUUCAAAUUCGUUUGCUAAACGUAGGUUUGAACGUAGCUAUUGAUGUGUUAAUUAAGUUAAAUUAGUUAGCUAAACGUAGGUUUAUACGUAGUGAUGCAUUAAAAGGGGACGGAAUGAACUAGUUAAAUUUAGUUAAAUUUAACUAAAUGAAUUAGUUAAAUUUAAUUAAACGUAUGUUUAAUUUAGUGAAAUUAUGUGCAUUAUUGUGCAUUAGAGGACGUAUAUUUUGUGCAUUAUUGUUGUGAAUUCUGUGCAUUUCAUUUAAUUUAGUGAAAAUUAGUUGAUUAUAUUUAGUGAAAUAAAUUACUUAAAAUUGUGUGCAUUGCAUUUCAUAUAAUUUUUUAUUAUAAUAUUCAGGCAUAAUGUAUAAACAAAAUAGAAGUUGGAUGUAUGAUAAAGAUGCGGUAUUGUACGGAAUGCAAUCAAAUUUUCUCGAGGGAGUCGGGGAAUUUAUUGAAUUUGCACUUGAACAUCUGGCUUAUAUGAGUGGUGAUAAAAUAAGAUGUCCAUGUUCAAAGUGUAAAAAUCUCAAAUUUAAAGACCCACACGAAGUUGGGUAUGAUUUGUACGCGGUCGGUUUUGUUCCCAAUUAUUAUAAUUGGACUUCUCACGGCGAACCUUUGGAUCCAUCUGUUAUACCACAAACGGUAGGUUCGUCUCGUUACGUCCCUCCAGAGAUGAGUGCGUGGGGAGACCGUGCUGAAAUGAGGUGGGACCAACAAAUGGUAUAUGACGCAUACGGUGUACCGUCUCAGUUCAACCCCCCACAACCACCUAACGACCCCCCUGAAGCCUCAGAUGCGGAUGAAAAUCCGACAUUUUAUCAACCUUAUGUGGAUGAAGGUUUGGCUGAGAGAUUUCAGGAUGUUCUAAAAGCUGCCGACCAACCUCUGUAUGCUGAUUGUGAGGGAUACUCUCAGCUAUCCGCUGUUACUGAGUUCAUGAACAUAAAAGCGAAUACAGUCUCCCUGAAACUUGCAUGAAUAGAGUCUUGCAGUCAGUAGGAGGGAUGCUACCGCGAGAUCAUACCCUUCCUGAUUCAUAUUACCACAUGAAGCAGUUAAUGUCUAAGUUGGGGCUACCUUGUUUUGAAAUUGAUGCGUGCCCGGAAGGAUGUAUGUUGUUCUGGAAGGAGGAUGAGGCACUUGAGUUCUGCAAGUUCUGUGGUGGAGACAGAUACAAACCUGUUCGUCAAGGUAAAAAGAAACCACGACAUAGGUCUGCACUGUCUAAACUGUAUUACCUCCCAAUAGCUCCUCGACUGCAAAGGAUGUACGCUUCGACUGCUACUGCGAAACACAUGACAUGGCAUGUUGAGCACGAAACCAACGAGGGUAUGAUGGCUCACCCUUCGGACUGUGAAGCCUGGAGACACUUUGACCGCUGUCAUCCUGAGUUUGCUAUGGAGCCACGAAAUGUGCGGCUGGGAUUGUGCUCAGAUGGAUUUGCUCCUUUUGGCAGGUUUGGCAAGAACUAUUCAUGUUGGCCGGUCAUGUUAACUCCUUACAAUCUCCCUCCCGACAUGUGCAUGAAAAGUCAUUUCAUCUUUUUGUCUUUAAUUUGUCCGGGUUCCAAGGAUCCUGGGCGAAAGAUAGACAUUUAUCUUCAACCCCUUAUUGAGGAGAUGAAAGAACUGUGGGCCGUUGGGACACCAACUUAUGAUGUUUCAUCAGAUAAAAUGUUUAUCAUGAAAGCUGCCAUCAUUUGGACCAUUAGCGACUUCCCUGCCUAUGGCAUGCUUUCGGGAUGGAGCACACACGGUCUGAUAGGAUGUCCGAUAUGCAUGGAGAAAUCAGGUGCCAACUGGCUCAGUUACAGCAAAAAAGGAAGUUACUUUGAUUGUCACCGUAAGUUUCUCCCGGAAAGGCACCGAUAUCGAAAGGACAAGAAGUCUUUCAUUAGAGGCAGAGCGGUACGAGAGAGCCCACCCCCGAGAUUGACCGGUGAAGAAAUUUAUAACCGGGUUCAACGUUUUCCUACGGCUAUGGAAGAGCCAAACCAAGAGCCAUAUGGGUAUUGUGAUACCCAUAAGUGGACAAAGAGGAGCAUAUUCUGGGAGUUGCCUUAUUGGAAAGACCUUCUCAUCCGUCACAAUUUAGAUGUCAUGCACACUGAGAAGAACGUCUUUGACAAUAUAUUUACCACGGUGAUGGAUUUGAAAGGCAAAACUAAAGACGGUCUUGCAGCUAGGAAAGAUAUGACUAUUUGGUGUGAUAGACCCGAACUUUCUGUUGAUCUAGAAUAUCAGGGCAAGGAAGUUCCAAAAGCAGUCUACCAGGUCACAGAACCACAAAAGGCAGCAAUAUUACAAUGGCUUGCGUCUCAGAAGUUUCCAGAUGGCUACUGCUCCAACUUGUCUAGAUGCGUAGACAUGAACAAACUUACCACGACGGCGAGCAUGAAAACUCACGAUGCUCAUGUAAUAAUGCAAAGACUUCUACCAAUUGCACUAAAAGAGAUGCUCCCUGAACACGUAUGGUCCUGCAUUACUGAAAUCAGUUUGUUGUUUCAAUCGAUAUGUUCCAGCGUUUUGGAUGCGGCAUCCCUCCGGAGACUACAAGAGUCUGUUCCCAUUCUGAUGUGUAAUCUGGAAAAAAUAAUGCCACCAUCGUUUUUCGAUACAAUGGAACAUCUCAUAAUACAUCUUCCGUAUGAGGCUUUGACUGCUGGGCCCGUCUUCUAUCGGUGGAUGUACAGAUUUGAAAGAUUUCUAGGAGAGCUGAAAAAGAAAGUGACCAACAAGGCACACGUUGAGGCUUCAAUUUGUCAAGCGUAUCUUCAACAAGAAAUCUCAACGUUCUCGUCUUUUUACUUCGAGCGUGACGUCAUCACCAGAAGGAAGAGACCUGCCCGGAACGAUGACAUUGGCGAGGAUUUAUAUGAAAAUGUAGUUUCCAUCUUCAAUUACCCAGGCAGAGGUAAAGGUGCUGCAACACAACGAUACAUCCUGGGUGGGGAAUUGCAAAUUGCGCAUACUUAUAUCCUCAUGAAUUGUCCAGAAAUCUCACCGUUUUAUCAUGAAUUCCGAGCUUCUUUAUCAGCCUUUCCUGAGAAUGAAAUUGAUGCGUUGGUGGACUCUGAUUUUGUAAAUUGGUACAAGUAUCAGAUCAAUAGUCGUGGGAUUGUCGACC